AUGGGAAAUUUGGACCUUAAUUCUACGGAAUCCCUCGAGGGUUUACAAAGCGAUGAACAGAGGCGAGUCCUUGAUACUGUGACCCAAGUCCGCAAAUGCGGCCUUGAUAGUAUCCUUGCGUUACCUCAGCUGGUUGUCUGUGGCGACCAGUCUGCCGGAAAAAGUUCGGUUCUUGAAGCUCUCACCGAGAUACCUGUCCCACGUAAUGAUGAGUUAUGUACACGAUUUGCAACGGAAAUAAUCAUGCGUCGCUCCGCACAGGAGUCUCUUACCGUCAAAGUAAUCCCUGACGCCGCACAACAAUUACCAGGUCUCAUAGACAAUACUAUGCAAGUCAUGGGGAUUACUACCACACAAGUAUCCUCGCCUGCAUUCGCCCGGGAUGUCCUGAGUAUCGAGAUUGAAGGUCCCUCCAGGCCCCAACUUACAAUGAAAAAGGGAGUUACCAACGCGGAUAUCGAGCUUGUCAAAGAAAUCACCGAUCAUUACAUAUCGCAGACACGAACGAUCUGUUUAGCGGUUGUAUCCGCUACGAAUGACUACGCAAAUCAAGGAAUUCUGACAAAGGUCAGGAAAGUUGAUCCAGAAGGGGAGCGGACCCUAGACAUUAUCACCAAACCCGACAGUCUCUCAAGUGGCUCGGGUGGUGAGAUGGCUUACAUUAGAUUGGCACGAAACGAAGACAUUUUCUUCAAGCUUGGAUUGCACGUGAUCAAGAACAGGAGUUUUGAGGAGGGAGAUUGUAGUUUCGUGGAGCGAAACGCGUCUGAACCAUCCAUUUUCCGGAGCUCGAAUUCCAAGAGCUUGGAAAAAGAGACAGUGGGUGUCAACGCACUGAGGGACCGUUUGAGUCAGCUUCUAUUCAAACACGUCAAGCAAGAGCUUCCGAGGCUUUACAAUGAUCUACAAGUGGCUCUAAAAGAAUCAAAGUAUAGAUUAGUUUUGCUUGGGCAGCAGAGAGCAACGCCUGCACAAUGCAGAGCAUACCUGAUGCGACUUAGCCUUGACUUCCAUCAAUUCUCGAAUUGGAUGGAUCAGAAAGGACAUACGUACGACAUGGACAUUUCCAACGAUGACAUCGAGUCAGACUAUGGACAACUUCCCCCAGCUUCUGACUCUGGAGAUGUUGUCCCACUCUCUAGGGCGCAGGCGCUAGAAUGGGUGAAAAGGCUUGUUGAAAGGAAUGGGGGUCGAGAACUGCAAGGUAAUUUCAACCCCCUGGUCAUCGGAGAGCUUUUCUGGGAUCAGUCAAGAAAAUGGAGUAAUAUGGCCCUUACACACACGGAGGACAUCUCGGAAAUCUGCCGAACAUUUCUAUCGGACUUGCUUCAGCAUAUGUGCCCAGUGGAUGUACGCAGUCGCCUCUGGGCAUCGCAUUUUGAGGAAUCCCUGAAACAAAUGAUGGAUAACUCAAGGAAGGAACUCGACCUGCUCAUCGAAGAUCUCAAAGGCUUUCCAAUGAAUUACAAUCAUUACUAUACGGACACGAUCUAUAAGCGGAGACUGGAACGAGAUCGUAAACUUCUGGCUGCAAGCAUUGACAAGGCAUCAGAACACAAAAGAUUGCCUGAAUGCCAAUCGCACCAUACAUCGACAAAAGUAGAUAUCGCCAAUGUCUUCGAGAAUUUUCUCCGGGCUAAAAGCAUGGACAUGGAUAGUCAUGCAUGCGAAGAAGCGAUCGAUGGAGUUAUCGCCAUCUACAAGCAAUUCGUCGCAAACUUAACCAAUAUUUUCUCGCCUAUGACGAUCAGCGGCCUCAACGCAGGGGAACUUCAGGAGCUGGCAUCUGAACCAACAUCGGUCAAACGACAGAGGGAAUUUUUUGUUGACCGUAUGGAUAACUUAACGGAAGGGAACGCUAUUCUACGGCGAGUCAUGCGAGGGUCAUCUGGAUGA